CGGCCUAUCACCACCACCAUCUCAGAUCUUUUAAAAAGACUAGGCUCGCCCGAUCAAGAUGUCUACCUCGACGCCGUCGCUGUACGCAUCGGCGGCGUCUGUGCCGCUCAUCAUAUCACCGGCGCUGUCCUACGCACCACCGCCCAAGCUUCCCCCCUCGCUCCACCCACUGCCACCAAACCUGGCCGACUACUUUGUCUAUCCCUUCAAUCUCGAGCGAUUCGUGCUCGACGAGGCCUCGCGCCGGGAGCGCGAGCGGCGCGAAACGAUGCGGCGUGUUGCCCCGGGAUGGAAUGGCAGCGAGGGGAGCGUGCUGCAGCCGACGAGGGUCUCACACAAGCACGAGGAGGAUGAGGCCAAAGACAGAGAGGAGGAGGACCAGUGGACGAGGGCGUUUGGCGAGGCCGCUCGAUCGUCGUGAAGGCGUCAAGAAUGCCGUGAAAGCAUCAACAAAGUCUCCCCAAUCGCUGCAUUACUGUAUAUUACCAUUUAUCUAGAGAAUCUCGACACACUGAUAUCGCUGCUUCUUGGUCUUUACACCCACCGAGCCGUCCGGCCGCUGUUUGCAAACUCAGCAAAGUCCCACACCCUUGCCUCCAAGAGGUCCAGCGGUGCUCUCCAGAG